AUGGCUCCAAAACGCCCACUUGGUAUAGGUAAAGCUCUCAAGCGGAAAAAGCUGAAUGCUGAGGAAAGGAAAGAGGAAGGCAUCUCUGCCCCCACAGAGAUCGAAGUUCAGCUAAGUUCAACUGCAGAUGCCGAUGACGAGCUCGACCAAUUGCGCGCAUUAUGGCUCACAUUUUUGGACGCCAGUGAUAAUGAGCUUGUUUUGAAUGGUGUGGUUCACGAGUGUGAUAGACUAUUGCGCAACGACACCGAGUCGGAGUCUAAACUUGGAGAUGACUUCCAUGCCAUCUACGCACUGGCAUUAUCCAGACUGGCAUCGUUUACACAGGAUAAUUCCGAGGUAGGAGAUUAUUUUGAAGCAGCUCUCGAAAGGGUGACCUUAGGACUUGAGCGGUUUCCCAAGUCCGCAAAGCUGUUGUUUGCCAGAGCCGCGAUCAUUUUGAGCCGCAUCCCAUUGCAGUAUGUGUCCCAGAUGGACCUCGACACCCAGAUCUCCAAAAAAGUGCCUAAGAUGGGGUUGCUCGUCGAUGAAGCUUUGCAAGCUUAUUCUGAGGCCGAGUCUGUUGCUGAGUUGGCCGAUUUUGAUGCGCAGACGUUUGACGUCCUGGACGCUUUGGAUGAUCUGCUGGAUCUGGCCAAACACUACGGAAAUGACGAAAUGGAGCAUGGAAUGGAUAGUGACGAUGAAGAUGAGGAUGACUCUGCUGAUGAAGGUGGUUUGGCAGAAACUCAUCCCCUGAAAUCCCUGAAGGACUCCAAAUACAACGAGCAUUGGAGAGACCAUACCCUGACGUUCCUGGCAAAGCUGGACGAAAAGGCAAGCGGAGAAGAUGUCGAGCUAAAGAGGAGUGUUUUGAAGAAACUGGGUCAGUUUUAUCUGCUUGAAUCUGAGACUCCAGCCUCUAUCUAUAUCUCUCUGGCAUUUGGAGAAGGAGCAGACGAAGCCACUCAGGACGCCAAAACUGCCCAAAAAGACGCAAAACGUUUCACAAAAACUGCGGUGGACUAUCUGAUAAGAGCACAGAAUCCAGACGAUCCACAGAGUCUGGUGGACGUUGCUGAAGCGAAGAUUUCGCUUGGUAAUUUGUAUCCACUGGAAGGUGAGGACCAGGAACGUCUCUAUAAUGAGGCCGAGGCGCUUCUCGAAACAGCCAACAAGGCUACUCACGGAAAAUACGACAAUAUCUUGGAGAACCUACGUGGUGAAAAUGCAGACAUGACGUCGGUAAAUGCUUAA